AUGAAGACGCUCGCCCUCUCGCGCUACCUCGCCCUCGCCCUUGCGCUGGGCAGCUACUCGGCCUCGGCCCUCCCCAGCGCGGCCGACGCCCACGGCCAGCAGGUCCUCGGCGGCCUCUACGAGCGGUCGGCCGACAUCCUCCUCGAGGCUCGCGAGCCAGGCCAGGCCACCACCGACGCCAGCGGAGACCCGGCGUACAAGUUCCCGCCCGUCAAGCCUGACCUGCCCCUCGACAAGCUGCCCAACGCCAGGCCGCACAAGGGCAAGCGCCGCUUCGUCAGCAAGAUUGUCGAGGCCGAAAUCGAGCGCAUCACGGCAAAGAUCCGCGACCCGGCCCUCAAGCGCAUCUUCACAAACGCCUACCCAAACACCCUCGACACCACCGUCGGCUGGACCGACCUCCAGCUCGACCAGAACGACCACGCAAAGGCCUUCCCGCGCUCCUUUAUCAUCACCGGUGACAUCAACGCCGCCUGGCUUCGCGACUCGACCAACCAGCUCUUCACCUACCUCCCCCUCCUCGAGACUCCGCCGGCGCCCUACAAGCGGGGUGAUGAAGAGUGGAACAAGCUCUACCGCCUCGCCCUCGGCCUCCUCUACCAGCAGGCCCAGCAGGUCCUCACCCACCCCUACGCCAACUCGUUUGGCCCGCCCAAGAGCGCCACCAUCGUCCACGAAAAGAACCAGGCGGUCAACGGCUCCAACCCGGACGCCGACUGGGUGCUGCCGCCGCCGCCCGGCCAAAAGGGCCACUACCUGCCCGCUCCGCCCGCCUCGUACAGCAAGGUCAAGGGCAACGACGGCAUCUACGUGUGGGAGAUCAAGUACGAGGUCGACUCGCUCGCCGCCCACCUCCGCCUGCCCUCGCUCCUCGCCGAGACGAGCGGCCGCAAGGACUUUGUGGACAACAAGACGUGGCAGCGCGCCGUGCGCAUGGCCAUCGACACGCUGCGGUCGCAGCAGCGCGGCUCGGUCGAGGAGCACGAGGCGUGGGAGAAGGCCAACUCGACCACGAUGCUGCCGCCCCACCUCACGUCGCGCGACUCGGAAUGGGCGCAGCGCUUCGGCAGCUUCCAGGGCGGCGUCUACCGCUUCCAGCGCCUCGACCGCUCCGCCUCCGAGACAAAGGCCGACAAGGGAUGGGGCGAGCCGGGCAAGCGCACCGGCUUGGUCAAGAGCGGCUUCCGGCCCUCGGACGACUCGACGGUGCUGCCCUUCCUGAUCCCCUCGAAUGCGCAGCUGGCCGUGGCGCUCGAGAAGCUGGCGCCGCUCCUCGACGGCGUCGAGGCGAUGCAGGACGUCGCCUCCAAUGCGCGCGACUUUGCCCAGGAGAUCCGCGCCGCCAUCGACGAGUGGGCCGUGCUGCCGCGCAAGGCCGUCGACGGCGUCAUCGACGCGGGCAACGUGUACGCAUUCGAGGUCGACGGCUACGGCUCGAGCUACUUUAUGGACGAUGCCAACGUGCCCAGCCUGCUCAGCCUGCCCUACCUGGGCUACGUGGACAAGGACGACGAGACUUACCAGCGCACGCGCAAGGCGGUGCUCGACAAGAGGACCAACAAGUGGUUCUUCGGCGACAAGGACUUUAGCGGCAUCGGAGGGCCCCACGUCGGCUGGGGAUACGCUUGGCCCAUGUCGCGGAUCAUGCAGAUCCUCACGACGUCGGACGCCGACGAGCAGCGGGAUGCGCUGAGCCUGCUGCGCAACACGACGGCGGGCACGGGCCUGCUGCACGAGAGCAUCAAUGUGUCCAACGCCACCGACUUUACCCGGCCGUGGUUUGCGUGGGUCAACGGGCUGUUUGGAGAGGCGGUGCGGCACGUCGAGCAGACCAACCCGGACCUCCUCGGCAUGGACUUUUAG